AUGAAAAAUCAUUAUAAUACUUUAGGUCUUUAAAGAGAUGCUGAAUAACAGUAAAUAAAAGAAGCGUAUCAUAAACUGGCAUUAGAAUGGCAUCCAGUAUGACAAUAUUGUUUAAAUCAAGCUAGGAUAAGAAUAUAAACAAUAGGACAUAAGCAAUUAUCUAAUUCUAAGAAAUUAGUGAGGCUUACAACACUUUAUCUAAAUAAGAGUCAAAGAAAAUAUAUGAUUAUAAUCUUGAUUAAAAGAAAAUUAUAAGAUCAUUUAAUAAAAGAUAACAAGUAUAAGAAAAAGAAUAAUUAAACUAAUUAACAAAAGAAUUUAAUUUAUCUGAUAAUUACUUUUAAAAUAACUAUACCUAUUUAACAAAAGAUGAGUAAGAUACUAUAAAUAAAUUCAUAAAUAGAAUGGAUAAGUAAAGUAAACGGAUUAAAAAAAAAUAAUGA